AUGUGUCAAUUAAUAACUAGAAAAAAAAUAACAGCGUUCAUUACCUUGUAUUAUAUAUAUUUGAUUUUAUUUACUACAUUACCUCAUAAUGUACUUGGUACAGACAUUCAUGAUCCAGGACUCAGCAGCAGAGAGCUGCACCAAAAAUACUACUUCAAAUCUUUAGGAUUAAAAUCUAACUCUAAAGAUGAUUUUUAUAAGAAUACUCGGGGAUUAAAUCAAGAAAAGUCAGUUAUAAUGCCAGAAAUCCUGCUGCAGCUAGAAAAACUUCCAGAGAAAUCUAAAUCUCUGUUACUAACAGGAGUAAUUGAGGAACGUAGCGAUUUUUUUGAAAAUAUAGUUUACAUGGAAGAUAAUGAUGAGAGUAGAGUAAAAUUAAACAAUACUUUAAAUAAUACUUAUGAAAGGGAAAAUAUUGACUCAGAACAAUCAGAAGAUUACUUUAGCUUUCAUACUCUUGGCCCGACAUAUUAUAAAAGAAGCAAUCCAACACUUUCUAUUCAAAAUCACCUUUCAUAUUAUAUUCAUCCAUUACUCUUAAUUGCUGAUUUUAUUGAGACAAAUAUGAAUACAGAAAGUAUUUUAAUCACCUUAGAUUCGAUAAAGCUUAUGAAUAAAUCUAACUUAGAUUAUAAUACUAAAAAGCACAAAGAAAAUUCUGAAAUCCAACAAAGAGCAUUUUGUGAUGAUAAUUCAAUAGAGAUUUUGAAUAAUAUUGUAAAUAAAAAAAGAACUGGCACUUUAAAAUUAAUUAAGAAAUUGGUGGAAUUCGGUCUGAAUAUUGAUUUGGUUCAGAAAUACCCUGAAAUAUUUACAAAUGCAGUGAGAAAAUCCAACUAUGAAUUUGUAGAAUUUUACAUUAACUAUUUACUUGAAAAAAUUAAAGUAGAUUCACUUCAUUCUAGUAAAACUAAUUUAAGUGUUUCAACUAACAAUAACUCAGGCUAUCUUGAAAGUGACUAUAAUACUAAAGUGAAAGGUGAAUUGCUAAACUUAUACAGUAAUAAUAGUGAUUCUGAAAUUUUGAAUAACCAUUUUAUGCAAGCAUACUUUGAAAAUCCCCCUGCAAAGAAUAUGAUAGAAUCUUCUAAUAGUGGUAAUACUUGUAAACAUUUAUCAGACUCAAAAAGUUGUGAAUCAUGUAAAUAUUAUUACUUUAAAGAUUCAAUUAAUAAAUAUUCGGAACUAUUAAAUAAUUUAGAUGAAAGAGAUUUAUAUUUUAAUAAGACAAUUUCUCGUAACUCGUGCUAUCCAAAAAGCCUACAACUUCUAGUAAAUUUAGUUGAUAGAUAUAAUCAUACUCCUCUCUACUAUGCUGUUAAGAAAAAUGACAUAAAAAUGGUGAAAAUUCUUUUAAAAUAUGGAUCAUAUAUAAACAUUUGUGAUCCCAGGAGUGGUUAUAGCCCUUUAAUGUUAGCUGUUCAAAAUCACAACGGGGCCAUGUUAAGCUUUCUAUUAAAUAAUGGUGGAGAUCCAAUGCUUAUAUCACCAACUUCUGAGGAGGAUGUAUUGGAUGUUGCUAUUGCAAAGAAUGACAGAAAAUUAAUUGAAAGGAUAAUUAACCAUGAGGCUUAUGGAAAAUUAUGUGACAAUAAAAAAUCCCCUGAAAUCUUCAAGUAUUUAAAUGACAACUUUAGCUAUAUACAUCCCAAAAGUGAUUGUGAAGUUGGAAAUUACUUUUUUUUAAAUAAUGUUGAUAUCCCGAAAGAUGCUAAACACAUUUUGCACGCAAUACAAUCUAAUAUUCCAAAUAAACUACUUAAAAAGCUCCUAAAUAUGGAAGAAAAGAAGAAAGUGGCAACACUUUGUCAAAUAACAGAUAAAAGUGGUCGAGGAGUACUAUGGUGGUCUGUUUAUCAUGAAAAUAUAUCCCAAGUUCAAAAUAUUUUGGAUUUUUAUGAAAAAGCUACUAAAAAUAGGUGGGAGGGAUAUUUAAGCUGUAAUCCUCAUAAAGAAGAUGAAAAUGGAAUUUAUCCUUUAAAUUUAAUUAUUACCAGAUCUUCUAAAUUUCCAAGAAAGCUUGUUACUAGACUCUUGAAGUUUAAAGAUCCAAUGACCCAUAGCUCCUUAUUACUACAGGUUCUUACUAAAUCUAAGCAACAGUUUGGAGCUUUUAAAAAUCUACUAGAUUUUCUUAGAAAUCAUUUUAAUAUAUCUCUUUCGUCUUUUAACAUAUGGUCGGAUGAUCCAGAUAUGUUGGACCCGAUUGGAUUUGCCUUAUUCAAGCAAUUACCUCAGCAUAUUUUAUCAUAUUUACUGGAACUAGCUUUAGAAUAUGCGAGCGAAUUUGUAGAAGAUAUAAAUCACUGGAGAAUUAAGACAGAAAGAACAAUUAGGGCAACACAACAGAUCCAUGAUAUCGCCUUAUCAAAAGAUACUUUAUACAGACAAGAUAUGGAACAUAACAAGGGAGAAUACAAUAAAUCAAAUUUAAGACAACAAUCUAAAACUGAUAAUAUUAAUAAUAAACAAUGGUUUUUAUUUAGAAAUUCACCUUCAACUCAUAAUAUUUACGAUAAUACUAAACAAUCUAGAAAGAGUUCAAAGCAAUUUCAAGGUAGAUGGAAAUCUCAUAUUGUUAAUAAGCAGCUUCAAAGAUACAAAGUAUCUUAUAUUCCAAUAUCCCUGCCUUUAGAUAGUACUCCUCUCCGUAUUUUAAGUCCUACUUUAAGUUCAAUACUUAUAACUAAGAAGUAUACAGAAAUUACAGAUAACUAUAACGACAUUAUUCGAGUGAUUAUAGGACGUGGCCCUACACACAGAUCAGUAAUGAAAAUUAGAGAGCUUUUACGCUUGGCUGUAGGUCUAGGUACUUUCCAUUUUAACUCUUAUGGUGCAGAAGGUAUUGAAGAUAAACUACGAAAUAUUGAAUCUCGGGAAACACAAAAUAAGGAACCUUUAUUGUAUGAACGAAAUAAAGAUUGGGAUUUUCAAUGCUUGAAAAGCGAACAAUUAUAUAAGAAACGGUUAUCAAUUUCAUUUUCAACAUUUUCACCUUACCUAAUCUCUACCUCACCUAGUUAUACAUCCAAAAUUGGUGAAUCUUAUAUAUAUCCAUUUGGAGAAGCUAGUUUGGAUGUUAUUCAUUCUAUAGCAGAACUAAGACCUGAAACAAUUGGUGAAGUUUUAGUACGGAUAGACUAUUCAUAUGAAACUGAUUGUGAUAGAGUUUUGGCCUUAUUAGAAGCUCUACCUGAAGACUUUCCUCCAUUUUCAUCAGAGUUAUACUCACCCUUAGAAAGAGCUUCUACUAUUUUGUACAAAUAUAAUGGAAAAAGAAAUAUACUUCCGGUCAUAAAAAGAUUUCUUUCACAUAAAUACAUUAAGCUAUUUACUCCUAUACAUUUGACUGAAUCUCUUAACAUUCUCGCUCUUAUUGAAUUUGUACCAAGCUCAUUUCUUGAAAUGAUUGGAGGAACAUCUUCUGAAACUUUACUGAAGCAUAGAGGUGUUGAAAAGGAAUAUGAAGAUAUAAAUUUAAAGGAUAAAAGUUAUACUAAAUUUGAUAUGGGAGAUCUCCAAUAUACUUCUGAAACAAAAUACUCACAUUCUGACAUUUAUGAAAAUAACACAUAUUUUAAUGGAAAAAUUCCAAAUACAGAAAAUUUUUCAGAAAAACCAGAAAUAUCAAUCAAGCUUAAAAUCAUCCAUGAAAUUAGAAAUAUUAGAAACCUACCAUGGAGCUCCAAUUUGGAUAAGUCUGACAUACUGUUUUGUGUUUUGUGUUUAAUGACUCUUGCUGGUCUCUUUGUAAUAUACUUUAAUAUCAGCUACAAAAUCGCUUUAUUUGUUUCAAAAAGACUUUACUACUUUCCAGAAUGGUAUUUUAAUAUAAAUAUGUUAGAUUCUGAGGGCUUAAGAUUUGCAUUACUAUGUAAUAUACCAAGACCAUCAGACAAAAACAUUAAAGUAGCUUUUUUUAAUGCUCUAAGGAAAUGUUUUUUUUUUGAUCCAACUUAUAAAAUCGAGAAUUUUCCAAUCUUUAAUAAAGAAGAUAAAUUUACUACAUUUAUUGGAUCUAUAAAACUUUUUUUUAUUAUAUCUUUAACACUUUGGUACUUCAUUUGCAAGAUAUAUGAAGAAGUUUUUUUAUUCAUAUUUUUUACAAUUACAGCAAUAGUCAUUUGUACUUUUCAUAGUUGGAGAAUUAAUGAAGUUAUAUUCUAUCAAUUAAAUAUUUUUCUCACGUGUAAGAAUAGUACUGUGUUACCAGAGGUACUAACGCUACUGAAACGAACAAACAAUCAAAUAAUAUAUACAACUCAAAGAGCUAUUUUUUUGUAUAAUACCCUAACAAGAACCCCAAAUAAUAUUAGACAUAUCUUCAAUAUAAAUAAUUCCACAAUUACAAGAUAUAAUAUCAACAAGCUUGAAAAUAGUUCCAUAGGACAAUCAAAGCUAAAUCUAGAUUUCUAUUUAUCUGAUCAUAUCCCUUUAUUUCAAAAAACUCAGAAAUAUGAAUAUUCAAGUAAAUAUUCACAUACAUGUUUUAGAAUCUUAUUUGGUAUUAAUAUAAUAUGCUUCAUUUUUUCAUUUAUUGUUACACUGAAAAUACCAACUGAGUGGCAUAAAAGACUUAUGCUUAAUGGUUACAAAGGCUGGUUUGGCUUGAUUAAUGAAGUUAUAGCUGUAUUUCGUGAUAUUAGUAAUAAACGAAAGCUUUAUAUUUUCCAAUAUCCCAAUAUUUAUCAAGUAACCUUAUUCUAUCCAUACUUUGUAUCAUUUAUCAACUUUCUAACUUUCCUCUACUAUUGGCAAAUAUUUUCCAUUAUAACUGCACCUUUAUUCAGUGUAAUUCUUGUUUUGUAUCACUUUUUUGCCUUAUCAUUGGCAUUUAAAAAUGCUUUGCAUACUCCUACGAAUAUACUCUUACCUAAUGCAAGAAAUAGUAAACUACUUAUGUUCCAAACUUUAUCUAAUAAAACUAACUCAGAGAAUCUAAAUACCCCUAAAAAAGCGGAUUUCAGUCAAACUUCUACCAGCCAAAAUUCAAAGAAAGAUCUUUUAAGCUCAAAAUUGAAGAUUUUUGGUCAUUUGUUCCCUGAUAAUUCUAAAUGUCUUACUGAAUCUAGAAGUGUUCGAAAACUAAAAAUAGAUUCUGUUGAACAUGAUAUUACAAAUAUUCCAAAUAUUUCCAAAGGAGAAACAAAAAAAUUUUACGAUACUGAUAGUCUAUAUAAGGUGAAAAGUUACAAUUAUAUUCAGGAUUCUAAUGAUAUAGCUGAAGAACUUUAUUUAAACGUGAAAGAAAUAACUGAAGAAUCAUUACUUUACUCAAAUGAUAUUAUGAAAUUAAAAAAAGAUUCAUUAAUGAAACCAUAUCUGGAUUUAGAUAAAUUAGUCUACGGUCAAUCAGCUAACAGUGCAUAUGAACUACUUGAGAACGAUUGCACUCCUGAUUCCAUGAAUAUAAUAAAUGAAAUUCAGUCUUAUAAUUUUAAUCACUCACCCUUUAAUUCGAAUAUUUUGAAUUUAGAUAUUUUAAGUGCAAAUGCCGAAAUUUCCUAUUAUCAGAUACUAGAAGCUCAAAUUUAUCCCUUCUUUCUUUGGGCAGAUGUCAGACGAUCUUCCUAUAAAAUAUAUAAACAAUUUUGGAAACCUUUAGAUAUUGUAAAAGAUAUGUGUGCAUUGAUCUUCCUAUUUUUAAUUAUUAUAUUAGCGUAUGUGGAGUUAUCUAAUUCACCAAUUAAGACAAUAAAGUUAUGGGAUACUACUCGUAUUGCAAUACUUUCGCUUAGCCUUGUUCAACUCUACAUUAUGUAUAUAAUGGUCAGUAUUCAUAAAUUAAAUGUUGAAUGUUGGAAAUGGGUGCCAGAUAUAUUUGAUGUAUUACCUAUUUGUUCAAAUUUAUUGGAUUCUGUUGAAACUUUGAUGAGGAUGUUACACAUUUUAACUUCACCACUCUACAUAUUAAAUAUUCCUAUUACAAUUCUCACUUUUUGUACAGCGAUAAUACUUAUUGUUAUUCCUAUUAGUGUAAUUCUGUAA